GUAUAUAUCUGAGACCUGUGAUAUAUUGAUGAAGCACAGUAUAAUAGGGGACCUUUAAAGCCGUGUUGUGAUGUUGUUCCUCAGGCAUGGGCAGCACAGCAUGAUCCUGGUCCCCAUGGAAACACCGGGGGUAAAGCUCGUCAGACCGCUCACUGUGUUUGGACAGGAUGAUGCCAUCCAUGGUGGCCACUUCGAAGUGCACUUUGAAAACGUGCGAGUCCCCGCCUCGAACAUCAUUCUGGGCGAGGGCCGGGGCUUUGAGAUCGCUCAGGGUCGCCUGGGUCCAGGUCGGCUGCACCACUGCAUGAGAGCCGUCGGAGCGGCAGAGUUCGCUCUGGAGCUGCUCUGCAGACGAGCUGCCUCCAGGGAAACAUUCGGAAAGAAACUGUACCAACAUGUAAGUGAACAUCUAACUCUCUUUAACUCGAGGGCU